AUGCGCGCUACUUGCUGCGCCCGGUAUCGUAGGAACCCGCCUUACCCCGCGCGCGCGCAGCCCGCACAGUCGCCCGCGCCAGGCCUUUAUAAGCCACCGCGCGACUCCGGCUCGCUCAGAAUUCGAAAUUCGUUUACCGUAAAGAAACCUGCUUAUGCAAUCCUACAGGAUAUUAUCGAGAUUAAGCAAGACAAGAAUACGCCAACAGAGAUUUUUAUACAAAAGAAGCGAGCACUUAUUGCACAAUUACCACCACCUCGGUUUACAGAACAAUUUGAGAUUGAUAUGAUUUUUGGUCAACUACGUUUUGAGAUCAGGGACAAAAUUAACAGAGACACAAUAACUAAUUUUAAAGAGUUAUCUGAAAAGGCCAGACACGUCGAACGCAGUUUAAGUGAACGAGCGGCGAAGAUGGAAAAACCAGUAACCAGUCACAACACAAAACUGAAAUCACGCUGUAAUUACUGUAGAAUACCCGGUCACACGGCUGACGUUUGCAGGAAGUUGUUACGAAGAAACGAACAAGCUACUGAGAAACCAGAAGCGGUUCCUAAGCCUAGUCAGUCAGCGACAGCGUCAGUCACUCCUUUGGAUCCUACAAAGCCAAAAUUUAAGUGUUAUGGUUGUGGUGAGCCAGGCGUUGUUCGUAGUCGGUGUCCAAAGUGCAAUAUUGAGAAAGUCAAGUUAGAAGAAAUCUGCUCAAUUAACUUAUCUGGAACGCACCGAAGGCCUACAGUUCCUAUGAAGAUUGAUAAUAUAGAAUCAAUUGGCCAUGUUGACACAUGCGCGAAAUCCAGUGUGUGUUCAUACCAAUUGUACCGAAGACUUUCAGACGAGGGAUACAAGUUCAAACAGGAACGGAGAUAUAUAACCCUCGCAGAUGGUUUAACGAAGAUGCAAGACGUCCACACCAUCACCGUACCUAUAUAUGUGUAUGGUAGAACUGUACCUACACUACUGGUUGUGUUACCAGGAGCCAGUAAUACGAAAACUUUGUUAGGAGUAGACUAUAUAACCGACUCUCUGAUGGUCGUCAAUAUUCCUCAGCUCACAUGCCGUUCUGCUCGAUGGAUACUCUCCUAUUAUUGA